AUGUCUUCCACGGGUGCUCUCAGUAGUGACAGUUCUCAAGAUGCUGCUGCUGCUGUUUCUGCUUCCAUUUCUGUUAUUCAACUUCAGAAUUCACAGUCAGUAGUCACGAAAGAUUUAGGCCGAUGGAAACCUGCAGAUGAUCUUGCCCUGAUUUUUGCAGUACAACAGAUAAAUGAUCUAGAAUCUGUAUAUCGGGGUGUUAAAUUCUCAUGUAAAUUUACCCUUCAAGAAGUUCAAGAACGAUGGUAUGCCUUGCUUUAUGAUCCUGUGAUAUCAAAAGUUGCAGUUAAUGCAAUGAAACAAUUGCAUCCUGAUAUAAUUGCUCAAGUUCAGGCAAAAACACUUUUUGGUCAAGAAGAAGAAAAUUUACUUAGUACAAUUCCAUCAACAAGUCAACCAACAAUAGAAACAUUUCAAGAAUUAAUGAAUCAACAACCAGAUGUAUUUCUUCCUUCCCGAACAGCUAAAUCUUUAUUCACUCAUUGGAAUCUUAUGAAGCAGUAUCAUUUAUUACCAGAUCAGACAGUUCAGCCUCUUCCAAAAGGCGAUCAUGUUCUUAAUUUUUCUGAUGCAGAAGAUAUGAUAGAUGAUAAUGAAUUAAUGGAACCAGCAGAUGAAGCAUUAGAACAUGAAUUAACUAUUGCUGAUCGAUGUGCAAAGAGAGACAUCCGCCAGUUAGAGAAUGAACUUCCAAAAUGGCAGGUAUUAGUUGACAGUAUUACAGGAGUAAGUCCUGCAGAUUUUGAUAACCAAACUCUUGCCGUUUUGAGAGGAAGACUUGUACGAUAUCUUAUGAGAUCCAGAGAAAUUACCUUAGGUAGAGCAACCAAAGAUAUUAAUAUCGAUGUAGAUUUGUCACUAGAAGGUCCUGCAUGGAAGAUAUCUAGAAGGCAAGGUGUCAUAAAGUUACAUAAUGGUGAUUUUUAUAUAGCAAAUGAAGGAAAGCGCCCUUUUUUUGUAGAUGGAAAACCAGUAUUAACUGGAAAUAAAUACAAAUUAGAAAAUAAUGCUGUUGUAGAAAUUGUUGGCCUUAGAUUCAUCUUUCUCAUCAAUCAAGAUCUCAUAGCUGCCAUCAGGGCAGAUGCAACCAAGAAUAUUGGCUGAUUCUGACAAAUGUCAGACGUCCGAUCCGAUCCCAUUUAAAUUUGUAAAGUGUCCAUAAUGGUGCUAUUGUUUAGACUAUGUGACCACAAUAUCUUGUUCAAAUGUGUCAUAAAACCAUGUGUAUAAAAUGUAUAUUUUGCUUCAUCAUAUCAUAUUAAAAUUUUUUCAUAACUUUUAAGUUUUGUGUGUGCACCAUUUUCAAUUGUUGCAAAUAUUCAGGAUGAUUCAU